AGGCUCAGCCCCCAGUUACAGCACAACAUCACUGAUGAUACCUAUUGUGAGAUCCACCUGGAACCAGCACGGCUAUUCUGUGAUGAUGACCAAACCACACUUUGCAGCAAAUGCUUCCAGUCCCACAAGCACAAGCAUCACAUGGUGUAUGGGAUACAAGAGGCUGCCGAGAAUUACAGAAAGUUAUUCCAGAAAAUAUUGAACACAUUGAGGAAAAAACUUGAAGUAGCUAAAAGCAUAUUGGCUGAUGAGCAAGAAAGAAUGGUGAUGGUUCAGGAAGAAGAGCAGAAUUUUAAAGAACAGAUCGAGUCUGAAUAUAGGAUAAGAUUCUGGUUGGUUAGAGAAGAGCAUGAGCUGAACAUCCAGAAGUUGCAAGGUUGCCCAUUUGACUUGAACUUGAGAGAAGCCAGUCUGAAUCGACUGAUCAGGUUUACCACAGAACUAGAAGAGAAGUCCCAGGAAAUGCUACAGAGACUGAACGAUCUGGAGAGAGAGAACAUGAAUAAACUGAAGGAGAGUGCAGUCAGGAUUUCUGAACAGAUUGGCAGCCUCCGAAGGAUCACUGCAGAGCUUGAGAAGAAGUGUGGGCAACCCGCCUCCGCACUGCUCCAGAAUGCAAGACAUUCUUUGGAAAGGAGUGAGUCAGUACUGCUUGAGUGUCUAGAACCCGCUCAGAUCAUGGACCUGAGUUUAUGUCAAAUAACAGGAAUGAGCAAAAUGCUAAGAAAGUUCCAAAGAAAUAUAACUUUGGAUCCUGAAACAGCUCAUCCCUGCCUGGUCUUAUCUGAGGACCUGAGAAGUGUGAGACUUGGAAAUAGCCCGCAGGAUGUGCCUGGCCACCCAGGCAGAUAUGACUUCAGUGCCACUGUGUUGGGUGUGGAAAGCUUUGCCUCAGGAAGGCACUACUGGGAGGUAGACGUGGGAAAGGCCAGAAAGUGGCAAUUGGGCACAUACCAAGACUCUGCAAACAGAAAAGGCCCCACGCCAAACGCUUCUGGAGAUAAAGUCUUACUCACGGGAUCUGUGAUGGGGAAGGACUGUACCUUUUGGGUCUUUCCACCUUUAAGAAGGGUCUUCCUGAAAGAGCAAAUGCACAAAGUUGGAGUUUUCCUAGACUAUGAGUAUGGGCAGAUAUCAUUCUACAAUGUGACGGAGAGGUCCCUCAUUUAUAAUUUCUCUCAUCUCACCUUCCAAGGAGCUCUCAGUCCUAUAUUUUCUCUUUGUAUCCCAAAUGGAGACAUAAGUUCAGACUCUCUCACUGUCUCCUCCCCUCAUAUCCUUUCUUGUAAAGUUUCUGUUAGCCCUGAAUCCUCCUUUGUGUGA